AUGGAAUCAGCAAACGAGUCGAACCCUCCUCAACUGCCAUCUAUGUCGUUGUUUAAGUUACUACCAGAGGACAUUGUUUUGAGUAUCUUGGCUCGCAUGCCGACGUCAUACUACCCAACGCUCUGUCUAGUCUCCAAGACCUUCCGCUCGCUAAUCAUCUCCGAGGAGCUCGGCACGAUGAGAUCCUACCUUGGAACCCGAGAGGAAGGUGUUAAUGUCUGCAUACAAUCUCGUAUCAAUCCUCGUGAUUGUAGAUGGUUCAGUCUCUGGACAAAUCCCAAAGAUUGUAAACCCUUAUUUUAUUGGACGAGGAGAGACAAGUGUACCGGAAAUUUUCUAUUACCACUGCCUUCGUCCUAUUAUCCUCGCUUGCCAAUAUGCUACGAAACUGUUGGUUCAGAAACAUACGAGAUCGGAGGUCAAAACAAGCCCUCCUCUACUGAUGUUUGGGUCUACAAUAAGCUGAUAGGCAAACGACGCAAAGCCCCUAGCAUGAGUGUGGCUCGUGAGAAUCCAUUUACGUGCUCACUUGAUGGGAAACUAUAUGUAAUGGGAGGGUGUGAAGGAGAUGAGUCUACUUAUUGGGCUGAGGUUUUUGACCCAAAAACUCAAACCUGGGAACCUUUACCGGAUCCUGGGGUCGAGAUCCGGUUCUCUCUAAUUAAAAUGGUUGAAACUGAACCAGGAAAAGUUUUAUUGAGGAGCAAUAAUAAAUUUUUUGUUUAUCUUGUUAAAGAAUGUAGGUGGGAAGUUUAUCAUGCAAACUGUGGUGAGAGUAUCUGCAAGAUAGAUGGGGUAUGGUACGCUUAUAAUCAACGUGAAUGCUGGUGGUAUGACACAAAGCGUGAAAAGUGGAGACUAGUGAGAGGUUUGACUGAACUCUGUCAGGAGUUUAGUUGUGAAGUGGAAAUAGGAAGUUAUGGUGGAAAACUCGUAAUCUUUUGGGUCGGUCCUGCGGUGUAUCCUUUCCUUAGUACCUCCCGAAUUUGGUGUGCUGUGAUAUUGCUUAAAACAGGUUAUAGUCGUUAUGGUGAAGUUUGGGGUCAAGUUGAAUGGGCAGAUCUUGUGCUUACAGCCCCUUGGUCACAUUCAGUACGCUUGUGUUGUGUGGAGUCGGUGCAAUGA